CUUCUUGUAGUCUCUGAGCACUGCCUCUCGUCUAUCCAUGACUUUGCAGCCCUACCAUCACCGGCGUCGGAGUCGUCGUCCGUCUACCUGCCACCGCCACCGCCACCCACCUACCACACCCGUUACAGGCUUCUGUGCGUCAUGUCUCCGGGAACGCCUCGCGGGCAUCCAACACGACUCUCCUACCACAACCCCAACUUCCUCCACCUCCUCAAUCUCCCAGCUCCGCCGAUCUAAAUCCUGCUCCGGCGGCCAUUACCCAUCUUCCUCUGCCGCAUCCGAGCUUCGCCGUAAGUCUUGUGACGUAAGACCUCAUAAUACUCUCCACGAUCUUUUCGCCGUCGACGACGAAAUACAAAUCCUCAAUGUCGACCUCCCUCCUUCAAAUGUUGCAUCUUUUCAAGGCUUUGAAGGGGGAGAAGAAGAAGGAGAGUUAAAAACGAUGAAGGAAUUCAUAGAUCUCGAAUGUGGAAGGAAAAAAGCCUCGGGGAAAUCUUUAUGGGAAGCAGCUUCCCUUUUUAGCAAGAAAUUGAGGAAAUGGAAGAGAAACCAGAGCAAAAAGGAAAAAAACGAUGGUUUGGUUCAUGAGAAGGCAAGCGGAAGGGGAUUAAGGGAGACCCAAUCGGAGAUCGGGGAAUAUGGGUUGUUUGGGAGAAGAUCUUGUGAUACUGAUCCUAGAUUAUCAGUUGAUUUUGGGCUUUUCUCUGUUGAUGAUUCAAGGUUUUCCAUUGACGAGCCUAGGGCUUCUUGGGACGGUUGUUUGAUUGGGAAACAGAACCCAAAGGUUAACGAGGAACCCAGUGUUGGGGAAGAGAGAUUGAGUGUUGUAAAAGAGGAAGAAAGGGUUAGCCCUGGUGGGUCAGCUCAAACAAGAGAUUAUUAUGCGGAUUCUUUGACUCGGAGGAGAAGUUUUGACCGUUCAUUGCGGAGUAGGAAGAUAAGUUUAGGAGAAGCCGAGGAUUUUAAGUCUUCGAUUUCGAAUGCUAAAGUGUCACCCGAGACUGUUGGGUUGUUUCAUGGGGCGAAACUGUUGGUUACCGAGAAGGAAUUGAGGGAUUCGAAUUGGUAUUCUAAUGUGGAAUCUUGUUAUAAGGAUGUUGAACUUGCUACUAAAGGAGUGGUUGGUCAAAAAACGCUUAAUUCGAGAAAGGCAAGGGGUUGGAAGAAUGUAUGGAGUAUCUGGGGUUUGUUACAGAGGCGAAAACAAAGCGAAUUUGGAGAUGAAGUUAAGAAUUUUGGAGGAGACGUAGGGAAUGGGAGGCUAGCGGAGUCGGUGCAGAAGCUUAGAAGGGUGGUUAAUGGAGAUGAAGAUAGAGGUAUUGGAGGAAAUGCAGGUGAAGGGACACAUGUGGAUUCAUUGCAAAAGCUUAGGAGGUUUGCCGAUGGAGGUCAAAGUAAAGCUAUAGGAGGAAAUGUGGAUGGGACACUAGCGGAGUCGUUGCAGAAGUUAAGAAGAGUGGCCAAUGGAGUUGAAAAUGGUAAUGUUGUAAGGGAGAAGCUUCUGCGGAGUUAUAGUGUUAGUGCUCGGAAUUCAGUUGAUGGUUCGUCUUUCUAUAGGAUGAGUAUGACCGAUGCUAAAGGCAAUGGUCCAAAGAGAAGGGAUAAUCAUACGUUGCAGCCAAAUAGGAGUGUGAGGUAUUCUCCUAACAACCUUGAUAAUGGCCUAUUGCGGUUCUACUUGACUCCAUUGAGGACUUGCAGGAGAAGCAAAUCUGGAAGUAGGCUAAGAAACUUGAACUCUAUAGGUGGCAGUAUACUUUAGUGGCGCUUAAAUUUAUUACCAUAAGAUUCCGUGUUGUAAAAAUAUUUGUGUUUCUCCAUGUUCUAUAGAUAAAAAAGCAAAUCGAAUGGUAAUCUUUGUUGUACUAAGAAUUUGUUUUUUUCUAAUAAUGCAGCAAUGGAAAAUAUGGAA